CUUCCGCAAGGGCAGGUUAAGUGGCACUGCCACCUGCUUGAGCUGGGAAUCCCUGCAGCGGCCGUCUUUUUGUGACGUCACAGCGGUUGUGGUUUAUUUUUGGGGGGUCUAUUGUCACUUCACAGAGCUGCUGGGCGUAGGAACGGCGGUUGCUAAGAUACGAAGCGUUGGAAGCCCGUUGGCGUUCUGCCGCUUGUUCUCCCGCGGCAGCCGGUUCCCGGGGACUUUGGAGCGAUCAGGCCAAGCGGCGGUGACUGACGCAGCAGGCGGGGGAGGUCCCCGGUGACCGCUCGGAUAGAGCUAGAGGCAAGAAAGGCUUCUACUGUAACCAGGGGCGACAGGUGGCGUUUUAACCGAAGCCCUCCGAAACCUCCGUGUGCGCGCACAAUUAGUCAACAGCUUAUUUUUUUGUAUUAUCUUAAAGUCACAGUCUUAUCCUAAAUAUAUAUUUUUUAGCUGAACUUGCUUGUUUUAAAUAAAUAAUCACAUAGAUUCCUAUAUUUAUUUACUGUAAAUGCGUAUUUUUCUAAGUCAGCCAACGUUAAUGCCUCAAAAGUUUUUUUUAUAUAAAAUCGCCUAAAGUUUAUUUUUAAACAAAAAAAUGUCCGUUUGUGAAACUGAAGCGGAGGAGAACCCAGCGCCCUGUGGCGAUAUUGCGGCACUGACCGGCAGAUCGUCCCUCGAUUUGUCAGCAGUCUCCAGAUCGUUCGCAAGGGCUCGUGGACAUUUUUCAUCUACUGACUGUCGGUCUUGUCAGUCAAGUCUGCAUGCCUCAGAAGCUGGAAAAGAUCAAUUUACAUUGUGUAAAUAUAUUUCUGAUAGCAGAAGACCAAGCAAAAACUUAGAGAAAUUGAGGAAAGAACUAGAAAGACAGACAAAAGAAACCAAGACACUUCAGGAAGAAGUAGAGCUUGCUACCAAGUUAACGAUGGACAAAUUCAAUUGGGAUUUCAAUGAGGGUAGAAGUUGUGAUCACAAUGAAUUCUCAGCUAGCUCCAAUGACCAGUCAGAACCAGACCGUUCUUUUACAACUACCUUCACAAAUAUGAAAUCUCCUUUUCGUAGUUCAGUACUUCAGGCUUCUAUUUCAAAAGCCCAUCGUAACAAAUCACCGCAGACUACUAAAUAUGACUUGGAUUUGGUUGUAUCCAGAAAGAACAUCCCAUCCUCUGGACUGCCAUGUGUGGAGAAGUCAAUGGAUGACUGUGCACAUGAGAAUCUUCAACAUCAUGAACAGCCAAGGUGUAAUAUUAGACGAUCUGUGGUAGAUUUGCAAUGUAAAUUACAGGAAUUACAAGCAGAAAGAGAUAGCCUGAUGAAUCUCAGAUUUAAAGAAAGUCAGGACCAGGGAGAACUGAUAUGCAAGCUACACAACACAGUGCAAGACCUUGAAACAGUUAAUCGUAUGCAAGAUGAUACAGUUCGAGAUGCAAACACUCAAAUUGAGCAACUGAGGAAAAAGAUACAUAUCUACGAUACAGUGCUAAAUAACAUCCAUCAAGCACUGUUGCAUUAUGAGGAGCAGACUGGCAAGAAAAUAUAUGAACAUGAAAAUCUGUCUUGCCUUAAUGUCCAGAAUAUGGGUACAGCAGUGGAUAAAAUCCUGAGAGAUGCAAAUGCUGACAUUUCCUACCUCAAAGGUAGACUUGGCCCAAUGGAAGAACAGCUGGAAAACCUGAAAACUGAAUCUCAAAACCAAACUGAAGCUUUGCUUAAGCAACAAGAAGACCGAGAGCAGGCAAAGAAUCAGAGCACAAUGUACUCGCGACAGCUUACAGAAUUGGAGAGCACAGUCUGCCAUCUGCGAACUGAAUUACAAGAAGCAAAAAAGAUGUAUGAAGACAAGAUAGAGAACUUGGAAAAGCAAGUAGAAAAAUCUCAUUGCGAGAUUUAUAAUUGCAAGAGAGAAAGAGAUGAAUUCAGGCAGCAGGUAGAAAGCACAAAUGGCCGACUCCAACUUUUAAUGGCUGACUAUUGUAAAAUGGAAGAGGAUCUCAAAGUGGCAAAAGAACAAAACCAAAAGCUGUGGGAACGUGGCACAAGUAAUAGUCUGUCUGUUGAAAACUUGGAGCAGGAAUUGGAAUGCAAAAAUCAAGAAAUUCUGCGGCUUGACGGUGUGAUAAACUCUCUGAAGGAGCAGUACCAGCAUCAGUUGCAGUGUCAGGCAUCAUUAGAGGAACAAAGAAAUGAUGACCAAGAAAAAAUCAAGAACUUAGUCAAACAGUACGAGAACUGUAAAGAACAGCUUUGUAAAACUGGAGAGGAGCUUAAUAAGAAGAAACAGCAACUUGAAAAAACAGAAAUAACCAUCUGUCAGUUGGGGGAGAAAAUAAAAGAAAAAGACAGAUGUCUGGAAAAUGAAAUUGCAGAAAAAGGUAAACUGCAACAUGAAAUUGAUGAAAAGUGUCAAAAAAUUCAUAGGAUGAAAAUAGCAGAAGAGACCAUUUGUGAUCAGUUUGAAGAAGCAGUUACCCACUUAAAGAAAAUGCAGUGUGAUAAUGAUUCACUGAAAAUGGAGUUGAAUGAGAAAAACAAGAUGCUUGCUACUUUGCGACAAGAAAUGGAAAGCAUUUCUGAAAUGACAUCACAACAGAGUUGCGCAUCUGAGGCACUAGAGCGAGAAAGAAAACAACUUCAGUCCGAAGUAGAUUGUCAAAACCAGAAGAUUCAAGAGUUAAAGAUUGAAUUGGAACACAAAGAUACUCAGAUGCAAGAACUAAAGGCACAUCUCUCUGAGGUGGAAAAGGAGAAAAUUAAAUUGGUAAAUUCUGCAACUCAGCAAAUGUCUGAAUUGAGAGACUUGUUACAGGAAAAGGAAGUGCUUGCAAAUGAAUUAAAUGUUAUCCAGAGUCAAAUGGCUGAACUGAAAGAGGAGUAUGAAAAUUUGCAGAGGACGUACACAUGCAAAACUGAAGAAUAUGAUUGGGCUACAAACAAACUUAAAACUCAGCUGAAAUCAACCCAAAAUGAUCUUGAGCAAACCAGGGAGGCGAUGAAAAUACUCGAAGGAGCAGAUACCCACGCGAUGAAAGUUGCUGUAGGAAUGCAAAAGCAGAUCACAGCGAAGCGUGGACAGAUAGACGCACUUCAGAGCAAGAUCCAGUAUCUAGAAGAAGCCUUACAGAAUUCUGAAAGGGAGAAAUGCUACCUAAAAGAAGAGAAGGUUCGCCUAACUAAGGAACUUGCCUGUAUAGUAUCGGAAAGAAAUAAAAUUGCUGGAGAGCUUGAUACCCUAAAAUCUCAAGAAAAAUGUUUGAAGGAAAAACUAGUUAGACUGGAGUCAGCAUUAGAGAAGGCCUGUCUUAGAUUUUCUGAUUGUCAGUCAGUUAUUCAGCGUCAGGAACAGGACUUCAUGCGCUUAAAGCUGCAGCAUGCCUUGGAAGUAAAGGAGCUACAAGGUCCAGGUUUUAAUACUGGUCAAUGUUCAAAUACACGAGUCUAUUCCCCUCCAGUUUGUGUUAAUCCAACAUCUUCCCGGCCAUCAUCAGGAUACCUCUCUUCUGCUGUGUCCAAGACCAGUUGUCUUCAAGAGGAGUUGAACCCUGAUUUAAAAAAUCUUCUAAUGGAUCUUAAGAGUACAGCCUGUGAUGGGUGUAACAGAUCAAAUAGCAUAAAUUACACUGAAUGUGAAGGAGAAAGAACAUCACGAAAUAUGCAUGCGGUGGAUGAUUUGAAUACAGACAUUUGUAUGGAAAGUGGAACACAUGAUGCCUGCUUCAGGGAUCGAUUGUGUACUCAGGAUGCAAAAGAAACCUUCAAAUCUGACCAUUUUGCUUGCACUGCAAACCAUUCAUUACAGAUGAGUGGUCUGUGCCACACCUCCUCCCCCAAGCAUCAGAGUCCAGAAAGAUCACCAGUAUCUUCCUUGCUAACUGGUUCACUGUGCGAAUACAGAAGGGAAAACUCGGUUGUUAACGACCUAUGCUCUUCAAGGACCAGCUACAUGUCAUCACCAUAUUUGGAAAAUGAACUUCACUUCCAAAAUAACAAUACUGACCAGAUAGAUGUCGCAGGGCAGGCCUGCAAGAAACUGCAGAACAAGCUGGAUGGUCUGCAAAACUUAGUGGAAGAUCUUCAGCUGAAGAAUCACGAAAUGUCCUCCAUGAUCAGAAACCAAGAGAAGAGGAUAAAAAGAGUAAAAGACAGAGAGAAAAUGCUCAAAAAGUGAAGUCCACGUUUCUGCAUUUUAUUCUUUUGACUUGCUGCAGUACACAAAAUAAAAAUCUGCUGCUAUUUAAUACCUUGUGAAACCCAUUCUGUUCAAUCUAUCCGUAUGUAAUUAAAGAUAAUUGAAAUAUAUACUGGCGAUUACUCACUCUUGAAUCUGUUGUAGCCAAAAUACUCGUGUUACUUCAUGCUCAUUUGUACAAUGAAAUAAGGGAGAGCGUGCAUUUGUGUAAGCUUACUGGUAUUGAUCCUCUCUCCACACUGCAGUUAAAGUGUUGUUACACAGAAGUAUUAAUUGCAGAAAGCAAUUUGUCUACCAUGAUUAAAAAAACCA